AUGAGCUGGUUUGGAGUGCCCUUCUGCGGCUACAGCUGCGAGUUUUCGCCCUUCCGCGGAAAUCUGCUGGCAGUUGGCACGGGUCAGUACUUCGGGAUUGUGGGCAAUGGUAAGCUCCAUGUUUUGGACAUUGCUGCUCCCGGCGGGCAGCCUGUGUGUGAGUGGAUGACCAACCAGGCUGUCUAUGAUGUGGCCUGGAGCGAGGCCAACGAGCAUGUUCUCCUCACAGGCCAGGCCGAUGGCACGCUGAAGCUCUUUGAUUGGACGAACCCUCACGGUCCCAUCAUGUCGCUUGAGGAGCACACGGCUGAGGUGUACGGCGUUGACUGGAACCUCAAUGAGAAGCAUCUUAUCUCGUCUGCGGCCUGGGACCACUCGGUCAAGGUCUGGGAUGCCAUGCGAGGAGUCUGCCUUAGCACCUUCCGCGCUCACCAGAACCUGGCCUACGCCGCAAUAUGGUCACCAGCCAGGCCAGCGUGUCUUGCGAGUGUGGGUGGAGAUGCCAUGUUGCACAUCCAGGAUCUAAAUGCGGGCGAGAUGCCCGUACAGAGCAUUCAGGCUCACCAACACGAGAUCUUGACGGUCGACUGGAACAAAUACAACGAGUUCAUGGUCGUUACCGGGAGUGUGGACAAGACGAUACGUACUUUUGACAUGCGCAACUUUGGCCAGCCCUUGCAGAUUCUGCAUGGCCAUCAGCUGGCCGUCAAACGGGUCAAGUGCCACCCUUACGUCGAGACGCAGAUCGUCUCCUGCUCUUACGACACAGCAGUGAAUGUCUUUGAUAUGGCCAUGGGCCAGAUGAUCCAGCACUUUGACCAGCACACCGAGUUCACUCUGGGUGUCGACUUGAGCUUGUUUGAGGAAAACGUGAUUGCUUCGACUUCCUGGGUGCAGUGCUCAGCGACCGGUAGACAGGGCGGAAAAGCAAAACAGGAGGACCCCUUUCGGAUGGACAAGACGAAGAGGGAAAGAGGGCAGACACAGAAUGUGGGAUUCAGCUUCCCAGAGAAGGUGAUAGCGGACGUGACAUAG